AAGUUUGUUUACUCACAUGGAAGUUGAUUGAUCAAGUGAGUCUGCACUUUGAAUUUGGUUUCUCGCUUAGUGUUUGCUAUAAUUUCAGCGUUACGUGCAAGUUUGACAGUAAGAUUAGCAGAAAGCAUAAUGGGCAAGUGUUAUUACUGUGAUUAUUGCGAACGAUAUUUCAAAGAUGCUCCAGCAGCAAGAACGAAACAUCUUACAAGUUUGCAGCAUGUAAAAAAUAAGGAGGAGCAUUACAGACAUUUUAAAGCUCCAGAAAAAAUAUUACAAGAGGAACAGAACAAAAAACCAUGCAACAGAUUUUUCAGAGGGGAAUGUUCAUUUGGUCCUGUAUGCAAACAUUCGCAUUAUACAAUAGAACAAAUCCAUGAAUUGCAAAUGAUGGUUGCAGCAAAACAACAAGUAGCUCAGAACAUAGUCUAUCCAGAUCCAGGGAAAAUAGUGAAAGAGUACUUUGAAGACAUUGUAGAUCCGGAUGAUCUUGAUCCAGAUACUCCAUUAUUUUCCAUAGAACCAAUAGCAAAGGAUAUACCCAAUCUUCCAGUAUCGCUACAACCAAUCACUUUGAGAAAUUUCAAAAGCAUGCAGCUUCCAGAAUGGGGCAGACAAUCAUAAUAAUAAUAAUUCUCAGCAAGAUCUCUUUCUUUUUCUCAAUAUUUCAUCUAUGCAGUAUUAUAUAAGUCUUUAAUCACCAAUUGAGAAUGAAAGAAGCAUUAUAAGUAUAAAGAUGGAACGAUAAAGUUAAAUGGUCUGUGAUAAAACGUUGAUAAGAGUCUAAUUAAACUGAUGCAUCUUCUAU